GGAUGGACGAGAGGUGCGGGCAAAUCGAGCAUUGUUGGCAGCUGGGAGUGAGUACUUUUUCAGAUUACUCUAUGGAGAUAUGAAGGAGAGUGCAAUGGACACAAUACCUCUCCCUGCGGUGAGAGCAUCCAGUCUUCAGUCUGUGAUCAGCUACCUGCACGGGAAACGAUUUCGGGCACACAGUGUCAGUUGCUGGGAUGAAAUGGUGGAAGUGUACUGCCUGGCAGCGCAAUACCAGGUUGAUAGCUUAUGCCAACGGAUAUUACUCCAGGUGCCAGAACUCAGCCAUGCAAGUCAAUUCGGAGAUCUGCUAAAUGCGGUCAUUCCGAGGCACACGGAGGAAUUGUUGGAUGUUGCAGUGAAUGUAAUGAACAAAGUUUUGGACUUUGAUCCAACCUCAUUCCAAGGAUGGAGCAAGGAGAGCAUAGAGUACUGCCUGGAUAAUGUGCAAUUGCAUCCGAAUGUAACUGAGACGAUGAUUGCACAGGAUGUUCUCUCUGCUGCGUCUGACGGCGAAAGUGUCGCUGUUGAGCAACAUGAGUUGCAGAACCCAUGUCCGGGGGAAGAUCCCACUGCUCAAGAGGCACAGGACUCUGCGGCAUUUUUUACAACUCCCACUUGUUCAGGAGAUGACCAGAACUGCGCCAAUGGACCACGUGUAGGUGGUUCAUUGUCAAAGGAGGACCUGCAGGAAAUAUUUGGAUGCCACAUCAACCUCGCAGCUGUUGAGCCGGUGUUCUUCCAGGAGGCGAUGGAGCCUGUGCAAAUAUUACGACCAGAAGCGUUGAUUGGAGUUUACAGAGCGCAGUCCAUCUUGUAAAAAAGAGGAUUGUCAACCAAAUCUUUGUUCACAAUACCGUGGCGCUCCCUUAUUCCUAGGGUGUCAUUUGCGCCUUUGAAGACAAGAGAAGGCGAAAUUUAUAGUGCUUAUACGGACGUUGUGAUUCCAUCUUUGUGGUUUUCAGAUCCCAAAGUGAUUUUGAAGAAGCUACCACACCGAGUGGAGAGCAUAGUUCAAAAAAAAUUGAAAACUGCAGUAGUGCGGCUACCACUUUCAACUGGCUUCCAUAUAUGGAGGAUCCGGAGUGAGACAUCAGGUGAUGGUUUUGCCAGUGACGUUAUUUCCUCAGCUAGAACAGACAGUUUUGGAGCGCCACCAGAGAAAGAUUGCUGGUUAAUGAAUGGAAACCUGACAG